GAUUCACUACUUCUCGGACAGUCUCUACUUCUCUCUUUCUCUCUCUCACUUGGGUUUUUCUGCGCAGUUUCCCUCUUCAAUGGCUUAGGUUUUGUCUCUUAUUCUUCAUCUCCAGUUAUCCCACGGAUUGGGCACGAACCACUCUUGGGACUCUGAGAUAGAAUCUGCUAUUCACAGAGGAGAAGAUCCCUGUUUCACUUCAAUCAUGGAAGUUAAUUUUGAAGAGGAAUUUCACACCAAUGAUACUCGCCUCUCUCCUGAGCUUAGGAAACAAUUCUACGAGAAAUUGAAACAGGUUGUUGUUUAUAUCGUUAUUGAACCGGCGCUUGAAGAUGUAACAGAGAAUGAGAUGGGGAAACAAAUGUUUCGCUCACCCGAUGGGCAAUUGGAGGAGUUGCGUGCUUUUGAAGGUAGUGGGGUUAUUAUGGACAAUAGGGGUUUCAUUCUUACUUGUGCACAUAUUUUUCGACCUGAUUUCAAGAUUAUAUUUGUCCGCCAUGUGGAUGAAGACUUUCAUUUCCGGGCGGAGUUGGUUGCUAAAAAUAUAGACUUAGACCUGGCUAUAUUGAAGCCAAUAAACAACGAUGGUGUCAGGUAUAAUUUUUCUAAGUUUGGCUCGUUGAUCGACGUAGGAAUGGAAGUCUUUUCUAUUGCUCACCCAGGACCUUUGUGUUACACGUUGGCCAUUGGGCAUGUGGCUUUUCCAUGCACCCAUAGUAUCACAGAUGGUCUUGUCUCUCCUAUGCUUAAGACUCCUGGUGGGAGAGUUUAUGGAGAUAUUAUUGGUUCCCGUCUAAAUAGCAUCUCUCACCGAGAUAAGAAUUUGCAAGUAAUUCAAAUUAGCAAUUUUCAUCUUGUUGGGGGCUCAUCCGGUGGGCCUAUGUUCGACCCUCAAGGGAGGGAUAUAGGAAUCAGUUCAUAUGGCACGGGGUAUUUUCAUUUUGUAGUUCACUUGAGCAUGUUAAAGAAAUUUUGGGAAGAUUUUGUUCCAAAACCUCGACCUCCGAAAAAAAGGAAAAGGAGUAGCAAGGUAAAAAGGAAAAGAUGGAACAUGAUUUUUCCUCGAAGUGUGCGUCUCAUUCUGAAAGGAAAGAAAGGUUGAUGUGCUAGCACGGUGAUGGAGGCGAAGGAAAGGUUGUAGCUCGAGUCGCGAGCGGGGUGGAGAAGAUGCCAAUUCAAGGUUGUAAUUAUCGGCUAAAUUUGUAAAUUAUAGCGACAUGCGGCAAGGAGGUAGGGCAGUUUGUGCCUAGUUUUGAAAUUUGAUUCGAGGCAACUGGCAAUUGUUUGUGUAUAAGAUGCUCCUUAGAUUUCGUUGAAAGAGUAAUUUGUUGGUUUAUCCUUAUUUGCAUUUUGUUAGGAUGGUCGUUCUCAUUUAAGAAGCACAUCUAAUGACAUGGUUAUUGAUAUC